AUGGCUUCAACAGUAAUUCAUUGUGUCAUAUUCAUUCUAUUCAGUCUUACAGUAAUGCUCAAUAUUCCAGUCGAUGCCCGAUGGGAACAAGAUGGAGUGACUGUUGCUGGAGGCCAUGGAUUCGGCGAUGCCACCAAUCAAUUCAAGAAACCUCAAGGUCUCUCCAUUGAUGAUAAUCAAACGAUGGUCAUCGUUGAUUCUUGGAACCAUCGUGUCAUUCAAUGGAAGAUUGGCGAUACCAAUGGCCAAAUAGUAGCUGGAACCCAUGGUCAAGGAAGUUGA